AUCGAUCAUGCGCAGUUAACUUUGAGAAUCAACCCCCUUAGUAUCGUACACUUUAUUAUAUUCCAUCUUAUUACUGGUUAGUCCAUGGGAAGAAAGGUGCCCCUUGUUGAUCAAGGAGGCAGUGAGAAACAACGACGGAAGUGGGGAUCGUGCGCCAUUUUCUAUUUUUGCAUAGCAGUGGAUUAGUGUGUUGUAUGUGUACAUUUUGUGUAUUAAAUCAAGAAAAUAAUAAUAAUCAUUUGAAGCUGAUUUGCCGAGGCAAUGAGAUGAUCGUUAAAAACGCAUGUACCAAAUAUUACGCUAUUAGGUUUACCCAAUUUAUCGUUUGCUUUAUUACGAUAAAACCCGUUUUCGCUCAUAUAUAAACACUUUUACUUCAUGUCCCUUUUCGAGGAGUGAAUGGUGAGAAGGAUUGUGUUUCGAUAAAACAGCGAUUGAUCAUUAAAUAGAACAAAAAAGAAAAGAGAAAAAAAAAGAAAAGAAAUUUUCUUCCUUUAUCAUUUAAGGAAGGAACUGUGGCGUAUAUAAAGAGAAAAUCGGUCUGUGAUAUUAAACAGUACUUAGAAUAUAACUAAGUGUAAAUUCUACACAAUUGCGUAUACAUAUAUAUGUUGUGUGAAACAUAGAUAGAUCGUAUAAAGGACUAGAAAGAUAUUUAAAAGAAAAAGGAAAAAAAAAAAAAAAAAAAAAAAAAAAAGAAAAAAAAAAAGAAAAAAGAAAAAAACGUAGUGUAUACUAUAAACUUUUCUUGUGGACGAAAGAAGAAUGUCUUUGGAAUCUGUGACAAGUGACAAACAGCUGCUAAAUCAAAAAACAACAGGAGAUGAUGCAAUUAUAUCGAUGUCUGUGGCCGGAGAGGUAACUGAUACUUCCAUUAUGGAAAUUGGACGUUCAAGACCUCAAUUUCAAUAUUCUCGGGAAAAAUUGAUGGUGAUAAAGGGUUUACCUUUAUCUAAACGCAGACCUGAUUUCCUGGAUACCUCUUAUAAUAAUACACGUGGUGUAUGGGACCCUGAACGUUGGCAUUCAAAUAGAAAAUGUAGUGACACACCGCCUAAAGAUGAAAAAGGUAUACGUUCUGAACCAAUUACUGAAAAUCAUAACAAACGUCGCAAUGGUGAUCCUCGAGAACGAAUACGGAAAGAACAGGAUGGUAUUGUUUUAAGUCCCCAAAGACGAAGUUUUAAUUCUGGAUGUUUUGUUAAUGUGAACCAACCUCCAAAUAGACGCUCUGAAAGUCCAAUUGGUAAAACAGAGGUAAAAUGUGUCAGUCAUCGGGAAACAGUUCGACGAAUUGGUAGUGGUAGAAUUUUGACACGUGACAUAUGGGACUUCAGAUCUGAAAAUGAAAAACUUGAACCAGAACGUACAGAUUUCUCAUUUAGAUCAGGUACAAGUGCAGGUAGUACAUUACGUGAUCGUGACAAUAGAGAAAGUAGGGAAACAAAAGAUCGUGAAAAUAUACGAGAGAGAGAACGCGAACGGGAUAAUCUACGUGACCGGGACGAAAGAAAUGAACGAUUCGAACGUCGAUCAUUUGGUCGUGACUUUGGAGAUCGUGAAAGAGAUCGCGAUCGAGAUAGGGGAGUGGAAAGAGCCGAGCGUAAUCAUCAAAAUGAUCGUGAUAAGGAACGCGGACGCGAAAGAAGAUUUAGUAAUGAUCGUAGAAAAAGCUGUGGUGAUAAUCGUGAUGCAAAUGAACCUGAAUGGUUCAGCUCAGGACCUACAUCUCAGCAUGAUACUAUUGAAUUAAGAGGUUUUGAGGAUAUUCCAGAAGAAAAAGUAGUUAGUAAUAGUGCCAACGUUAAAACUAAGAAGUUAACAACUGCUCAAAAGAAACGUGGAAAAAGGAAUUCCUUAGAGAAAGAUGAAAAACAGAAUGAGAAUACAAUUGGUCCUAAAGGACGUAGUACCCCAACAACGCUAGAUCAAUCAAUUAAUGUUGUACCUGCACCACAUUCUCCUAUAUCAGAACAAAAUGAACCACCAUCUGAUUCUCAAAAGGAAUGUCAAGAUACUAGUGAUAGCAUUAUGACAGAAUCAAGUUCCGAAAUAACUGAGAAUUGCAACGUUCGUAAAAAUGAAGAAAAUAGUCAUCCUGAUUUCAAUCUAGACGAUUUCUUAAAAUCUGAUACUUUUCCUGGUGUUCCUGGUUUAUUAACAAAUGGAGUUGGUUCAAAUGGUGGAUCAUGUUCUCGAUUUAGUCAGUGGUUUAAGAGAGAAAGUCCUAUUCAGCAACAAACAGAGAGUCGUAGAGCUUCUAUACAGGAUGAAUUGUUAAAUAAUUUACUCAAUGAUAUUACUGAACCAAAUAUUCAAAUCCCAUCAGUUACUGAGUCAAAUACAUACUUUGCUCCUAUAUCACCUGCUAAUCCAACAACAAAUAAUACUACAUCUACCACUGGUGUGAAACUUCUUGAAAUGUUGCAACGUGGUAAUAAGCAACAACAUAGUCAAAAUGGUCAAGUAGAUCUAACAACACCAGUUAUACCAUUAAUGAAAAGUUCUUCUAUCAAAGAUAUGGAAGUAGGUGGAAAAGUUGUGCAUAGCUUGGAAGAAUUAGAAGCACGAAUGCGUGGCGGUGUUCCUCCACCUUCAUCUACAACUGAACUGUCCCGUGUAAAUAAGACUGAAGAAGAUCUUUCUGCCUUUAAAAAAUUGCUUGCUCAAGUAACUGGUGGACAGGCUGUACCGGCAGCAAAUGGACCUAUGCCUCAAAAACCACAAUCUGUAACAUUAAUGCAGUUGCUUAAUUCACAAUUGAAAACACCACAACAACCAGUUGUUCCACAACAAUCAGUUACAGAUCAAAUUCAUGCUUCAACAUUCAAUCAUGUUGGUCCCAUUGCUCCUACUCAACAUCCACACCAAGUUCAAAUGCAACAUGAAAACUUAAUGAAAGUAUUGCAUAUACAACAGCAACAGCAAAAACAUCGACAACAACAUUCUGACAUGCUCUCCAUGAUAAUGAGUGGUCAACGAUUGAUGGGUGUUAGUCCUGUACCAACAGAAAUGCAAAUGAUGAUGAAUAAUGUUGCUACAUCUGGGCAAGAAUUAUUGCAAAGACCAGAAGCACAAGCUAUAAUUCAAGGUUUGCAGCAAGGAGAGAUAACAAAACAGCAUCUGAUCCAACAAUUACAGAAUCCUGCCAUGCAGCAUCGACACCGAGAAGUUCUCGUUAAUAUUCUUAAAAUGUAUGGUGGAACUACAUCACGUGCGAUAAGCCCACAUCCAAAUGCACCUACUCCACAAGAUCACAUUUUGCAUCAAAUGUUAUAUCAACAGCAGCAGCAACAACAACAACAACAACAACAACAACAACAACAACAACAACAACAACAACAGCAGCAGCAGCAGCAACAACAACAACAACAACAACAACAACAACAACAACGGAUCCCUUCUCCCAUGAAUAAUGCUUAUUGUCCACCCCCAAUAAUUUCAUCAAAUGUAGCAACUAGUCCCAACACAUUAACAGCAAAACAUUCAGUGAUGCCACAUAGAGUACCUUCUCCACGGGAACUGGUUAUGCAUACUCAAUCCAUAAUGCAAAAUGCUUUAAUUAAGAAGAAAUUAGAAGAACAACGUGAGAACUUUCGUAAACGACAGGAUCAGCAACAACAGCAACAACAGAUUCAGCAAAGACCGUCCACUCCUGUUAAUUCUCCAGCAAAGCAAACAAUGAGUCCAACACCACUUGCUUUUACGCCAACCUCAGUAUUACGCAAAAUGACUGCUGAUAAGGAGCCAGAGGGCAACAGCAAUGAUCUAGCAAAACUGGCUAACCAAAAUCAAGUGCAACAAAUGCAGUCUGCAGUCCAGUUACUCACACAAGGAGUUCUUUCACGACAUAAUACAUUGCGACCACAAUCUAUUCAGUCUACAUGGUCUAAUCCAAAUAUUAAGCAGUAUCCUGGACGACCAAUAGUAAAAGGUGGUAGCAGUGUCAAUCAGUAUCAGUACAGUGGUGGCAAUUUGGACUUUCAACAGCAGCAGCAUAGAACUGUGACGAAUGUAUAUGGCAAUCCUGCACGUUCCAAGCAUGCUAUGACUCCUACAGUAUCAUCACAUCCUAAUGUUCCUCAAUAUAAUGUUACUCAAAAUACUAUAAUAAACCAACGAUCAAACCAUAUGAAUCCCCAAAUGAAGCAGGUUCAACAAGUUCAAUCACAUAUGACUAAUGUACAUCAACAACAACAGCAGCAAUCACAACAAACGCGAUCUGCAAACCCACAAGUGCAACUUAUGUUGAAUCAAAACUACAACUCCAAUCGUUCAGAUGGGCGAAUGAUGCGAUCACAGCAAUUAAAUAUCAACGUUGGCCGUCAAAAUUCACCAGGUCUUGGAUUUAUGGGUAGUAAUGGUGGAGACUUAUCACCAACAUCAAAUCAGUUAGCACGAUGGUUUACUCCUGAACUUCUUGCACAAGCUCGGGCUGGUAAGCUACCAGAGCUUGGUCAAACAAAUGUUUUGUCAUUGGAAGAAUUGGAAAGACUUCAACAUGCUUCAACGAAGGUGCAUAAUUGAUUUAACACAUUACAUUUCAUUGAAAUUUUUUUUUCAAGUAGUAUAUUCCUGCUUUCAAAUCUUCCAAAUUGGAUUUGCUUUCAUAUUAAAGGCAUGAAUAUAAAACAUUAUUCAUAUUACAAAAACGCGCGAGUGAUUCAUAUGAAAUGGUGCUGGAAUUGUGAAAUUUCUUGUUACGCAAUCUCACAUGAAAAGAAGAUUUAAAAACAAGCAGAUACACAAUUGAUUAUAUAUUUUAAUCUUCAAGCAGCAAAUAGAGUGCAGUAUUUCUCCUUCUUUUUAUAAAUAUACAAAGUAUCUCAUAGGUUAAAUCCUUCAAAAUUUCAAAUUGUAUGUUAAGUAGGAAUUACAAAUGUACAGAAUAGAAAGUAUCAUGUAAGAUUUAUAUAGCUAUCAUGUAAAAGCCAUUUAUGACACAUUUAUGUGAACAGCUUUUCUGUAAGAAUGAUGUAUUGCUUAUAAGACUGAAACACUAAACACAAAAAUUCUUACUGAUAUAACAGUCAUAAAAAUCCAGAUCUUAUUUUAAAAUAAGCAAAUAUUAAAUGGCAGCAUAAUAAUGUUUAUUUGCCUAAAUGUGCAUGCAAGAGAUUUAUUAUAAUUAGGUUCCUACAAUCUAAUUAUAAUGUGAAUGCCAACGAUUUAUUACACAUUCAUAUAUAUGUAAAUUCUGAUUAUUUAUUAUUAUAAGUAAAUAUCCUAUGAUGUGGUACAAAAUAAUAAAUAGUAACACAUGAUGAAUGUUUAUUGUUACCACAAAAACUCGAUACUUGUAUUAGAGAUUUCACUAUGUUUCUUGCUAUAUACAUAUUUUUCUAUUUUAUGCAAUGCCAUGAUAUAUAAUAUACGUAUAAUAUAUAUAUGAUAUAUGAUAUGCUUAUAUAUAUAUAAAAAGAUGUAUCAUGACAAUGCAUAACAUGAAAAAUUUGCAACAUUUUUUAGGCAAAUAAGAUAUAUGCUGGUUCAUCAAAUGAGUUAUAAAUCACAGUGCUAUGCUCUAAUACAAAUACCUAUGUAAAUUUAGGCACUGCACAUGUCCUAUCCCUAUAGUUACAGAUUUAUUAAUUCGAAAAAGUAUAUGGAUGGAAGAGACAGGAUUUUGUGCUUUUUAAGUUACAUGCAUAUAUUAUAAAAAUAGAUAUAUAUAAUAUAUACUUUAUAGAGUUAUGUGUGUACAGUAUCAUUCUCACAGAUGGAAGUAUAAAAUAAUAAUUUGAAAAAGAUUUUCAACAAAUUCGUGACAAAAUGUUUCAAAGUUUUCAUGUACUUACAAAAAAGCAUGUAGUGAAAACAUUUCACCAGGCAUAGAGAAACGGGUUUAACGAGAUAUCUUUGUACAUUAAAAAUAUGUAUAUCAUCGCUGCUGCUGCAAAUUAUAAGUUUGAUUUAUAAUUAUUUUAUCAUUAUCUGGUUAAACAUUUUUUAAUGAUUAAAUUUCAAUUGAUAUGAAAAAAGAUGGCCACAUUUAGAGACUUGAUUCCUUUCUCACUUUCUUCAUAUGUUGUAUUUUUUCUCUUAGUUUAUAUUUGUUUAAAAUAUCACAUUAUAUAAGCUGUAUUCAUUGGCUGUAUUUUCAAUGAAAUAUUGAAAGAUUAUAUUUCUAUUUAUACCUAUUAUAUCAUUUAUACCAAUUAUAUAUCACAAGAUGUAUUAAAAAUAUUAAGCGCGUCCUAUCGAUAUUAUUAGGAAAACUGUAUUAUAAACAGCAUUAGCUACUGAGGAAAGUGAAACAGUCUAAUAAAAUUCUUUAUUUACGAAAAGA